CCCUAGAGGAGGCGUGUUCAGACAGUGCGGCGGUCACUGUGUUAUUAAGUGGUGACACACUUGUGAAACACCUGACAGCUCACAACAGCCCUUCAAUCUUUUACUAAGAUGUACAGGUGGGUUGUGAUCUGUUGGGCUCUCCUGGCCCUGGUUGGUGCUGAUGAGUGUCCAGAUGGAGGCAGAUGUGAAGCCGGUCAAACCUGCUGCAAUGACCCGACCAACGGAUAUGAAUGCUGCCCAUUUGAGCAGGCUGAGUGCUGUGGAGAUCACAUGCACUGCUGUCCUGCAGACACAGUCUGUGAAACAGCCACGUCCAGCUGUGUGAACGCUACUGUGUCCAUCCCCUGGGUGGAAAGAGCCUCCGCUGAUCAACCCAGGCUCUCCAAAUCCUUCAGGAUGAUCAAGUCUUACAUGGGGGAGGAUGACGACAACAUCUGUCCUGAUCAGUCACAGUGCCCAGCUGAGUUUUCCUGUCUGAAGGCUUUGACAAAGUUUGGCUGCUGCCCACUAGCUCAGGGAGUCUCCUGCUCGGAUGGAAAACACUGCUGUCCUGAGGGCCACCAGUGCAGCGCUGACAGCCGCUCUUGCGUCAAAAAAGACACUGUGACUACAGUUAUGUGCAAGGAUGGGCAGACUGAGUGUCCAGAUGAAACCACCUGCUGUGAAGCUCCAGAGGGCAAGUGGGGAUGCUGCCCGAUGCCAAAGGCUGUGUGCUGCAGUGAUAAGAUACACUGCUGCCCUGAAGGAAGCACAUGUGACGUCGAACACAAAAAAUGUAUUUCCUUAUCUACUAAUAAAGAGAUGCCGAUGUGGGCCAAGUUCCCCGGCAGGAUGAGAGCAGAGUGGGAGAACCAGAAAGUGGUUGAACAAGUGACUGCUGGAACAGUCAGUGAGGGUGGAGCAGAAACAAACCCUCAAGUCACCACAGCCAACACAGUUCCUCUUUCUGAGGCGGAAGUGUCUGCGUCAACUGUUGCUAAGGCAGCUGCAGCAACGAAAAAGGAACUAGAAAACAAGAUGGGUGAUGUGAAAGUUGCACUUCUGCGUCUCACUUCCUUCCAGGCGGUGUGUUGUGCAGACGGGAGCCACUGCUGUCCUCACCAGUACAAGUGCGACGAAAGUAAGACCUCGUGCAUCAGGGGAGAAGUGGAGAUCCCGUGGUACACCAAGAUUCCAGCUGACACCAGCGACCAGGCUGAUCUCAGCGCUGUGCAGUGCGACGACGGCCAUCAGUGUCCUGAACACACCACCUGCUGCAAGCUGGUCACGGGCCAGUGGGGCUGCUGCCCGCUGGAGAAUGCUGUGUGCUGCUCAGAUAAGAAGCACUGCUGCCCGCAGGGUUACACCUGCAACAUGGCCUCCAACUCCUGCCAGAAGCUCCUCACUAUGGAGGUGGAGAUAGUCCCGCUGACUCCAGUUUCUCUGCCUGAGCUCAACCCCCGUCCUUUACAGCACGGAGACGUCCAGUGUGACGAGCAGACAAAGUGCAAAGAUGGAGACACCUGCUGCAGGACGUCCGCCACCACCUGGGGAUGCUGCCCUUUACCUAACCAAAGGAUACGCUGCACCAUCCUGUCUAAAAAGAAAGGAGAUAAUGCCAGCAACAUCUGCAAUGACGUCCCCUGCAAUGAGACAGCAGCCUGUGAGGAUGGCACAACCUGCUGCAAAACCAAAGAAGGAGAGUGGGCCUGCUGUCCUCUGCCAGAGGCUGUUUGCUGUGAAGACUUCAUACACUGUUGUCCAAAAGGUAAGAAAUGUAACCUGCCAGCACAGACCUGCGAUGACGACACAUGCUCUGUGCCGUGGGCCAAGAAAGUACCCACAAUCCCCAGGCAGGACGUACAGGUGAAGAAUGUCCCCUGUGACCCCACCGCCAGUUGUCCUGAUGACACCACCUGCUGUAAAACUAAAGAAGGAAAAUGGGCCUGCUGUCCUCUACCUGAGGCGGUCUGUUGCGACGACCACGAGCACUGCUGCCCCAAGGGCACCACCUGUGAUACGGUCACGGUUACCUGUAAUGGCCCCUCAGGCUCAUCACCCAUGGCGCAGAAGAUUCCUGCAUUUUCCACUGCGGCACCAACUACAGUGAGUCAAACCCAGAUGACAGAGCAGGAGGAGGAAAACGAGGAGCCUGAGGAGGAGAAUGAAGAAGUAGAGGGCAGGACUCAGUGCGACGCCCGAACCAGCUGCCCUGACUCGACCACCUGCUGCUUCAUGACUGCCUCUCAGCGGUGGGGCUGCUGCCCGCUGCCUCAGGCGGUGUGCUGUGCAGACGGGAGCCACUGCUGUCCUCACCAGUACAAGUGCGACGAAAGUAAGACCUCGUGCAUCAGGGGAGAAGUGGAGAUCCCGUGGUACACCAAGAUUCCAGCUGACACCAGCGACCAGGCUGAUCUCAGCGCUGUGCAGUGCGACGACGGCCAUCAGUGUCCUGAACACACCACCUGCUGCAAGCUGGUCACGGGCCAGUGGGGCUGCUGCCCGCUGGAGAAUGUGAGUGAUGUGUGCAGAAAUCAGUGAUCGGCACUA